CCCAUCGCUGUCUGCCAGUCUUCAAUUACCUCACUUGUUUCAAAACAUAAGCCAAAAUGUCGUUGUUUGGCUCAUCUUUUAGCGGCUCUUCCGCUUCCCCUGCAGACAUGGCUGCCCGCAAGGAAGCUAUUAUGGCCUCCGUCAGGGGUGAAAUAGCUUUGGCCAAUGCUCAGGAGCUCAUGAAUAAAACCAAUGAAAAGUGCUUCGAGAAGUGCGUCACAAAACCCUCGACGUCCUUGUCAAGCUCAGAACAGACAUGCUUGUCGCGCUGUCUUGAUAGGUAUAUGGAAGCUUUCAACAUCGUAAGCAAGGCCUACACUGCACGGAUCAGUAAGGAGGCUCCGCUUUUAGCUAGCCAGUAAAAGAGCUUUUUGGCGUACUCUCUCCGAAUAGACCCACUUAAUAGACUUACGGUGACACUCUCUGGAGUGCUUGAAUGAGUGCCAGGGCCAAGCUGCAUAAAAUCAAGAGCUUUCUCCUGUCAUGUUCCUGAAUGC